GUCCUUCUGGCUCUUCUGUACACCUAAGCAUCACUCUACGGGCUAGUCGCCUCUCUUCUGAACCGCGGCCCCCUACACUUGUUUCCCGCUCCCUAUCAAUAUCAAUACGCCGGAUUGAUGAUGCUUGAGGUGCUUGUGCCCAACUAGCUGCUGUCCCGUCGCCCGGGUCUACAUUGCUCAGCAUUUUCUGUGCUCUCGCCUCGUUCUUCGGGCCGCGUAUAAUCGUCUGGGGGCUUUGGUAGCUCUCUGAGAUCUCAAGGAAACUCGUGGAGGAGACCGUGGCGCAGGAGCGAGCGAGCUAUCGGAAGACAUUGUGCACCGAUGGGUUGUGGCAGCAGCGUAGAUAGGACCGCCGUUCAGGCGGUAAGCGGAGGCAACCCGCAGGCUGUUGCAGAGGCAGAGGAAGCGCUGAUAAACAAAAUCCGUGAGGAGAACGCUGAGCUCAGGCGUCAGAAUGCGCAGCUCACGUCUCAAGUUCAAGAGCUGCAGCAGCGUAUGACAGCUUUGACGACAGACUUGUCAGCCUUGAGGACGGACAUGAACGCUAGCAACAACCUUGCUAAUAAGGCCAUGCAGGCUGCCCAAUCAGCGCUGGAGCGGGUGGAUUCUGCCCAGCUCCCAGGCGCCGCGGGCGCGUCAAACGCGCGGCCGCCCACCGCCGCGGGGCCCAUCCCCAUGCCCGCGUCCUCCACCGACUCUUCCGCGCUGUCGCAGCGCGUGCAGCAGCUGGAGUCGCAGCUGACGGCGCUGACCGGCGCCUGGGACCGCCUGGAGGGCCAGAAGGCCAAGGAGGAGUUCGCCAAGCAGCUGAUGGCGGUCAAGGGCGACGGCCUGCUCACGCCCGGCGGCGGCGGCAGCGGCAGCGGCCACCACCAGCACCACCACCACCACAGCAACUCCAACGGGGCAGCUGCGGCAGCGCCAAGCAGCGCGGCCGCGCAGCCAGCGGUGCGGCGGUCCUCCAACAAUGGCAUGGGCACCAGUGGCGCAGCGGCGCCGCCAGGCGAGGCGAUUGACGGCUCGGGGCUGCUGCCAGCCAACAACAACUUCCCCUCGCGCUUUGGAGGCGGCGCCGCAGGCCUGCGCGCAGCGCGAGACCGCACGCCGGGCGGGCGAGGUGGCCCCGCGGGCGACAGCGGGGACUACUCGGGCCCCGGCGGCAGCGGCGGCUUCGGUGGCGGCGGCGGCGGCGCGGGGCUGGGGUUGCCCGGCCACGCGGUGAGCGCGGGCGGGGCAGGUGGUGGCGGCGCGGGCGGCCCGCCCGGUGGCGACCUGAUGUCCACGCACCGGUACGGCACAGUCAUGCCCAGCGAUUUCAAGCUGGCGGAGCAGCGUAAGGCCGGGCCGCGCCAGGGCUUCAUGUAGCCCCGUGUAGGCAGCAGGUGCGGCGAGUCCAAGAGCAGGAGCAGCGGUGGCAAGGAAGCGGCGGCAGCGGUGGCAGCAUGAGGUCUUGUCUGGUUGCUGGCCGUUUUGCAGGCGGCCUUGUGGUAGGACCGUGUAGCGGCGCGCGGUACUUGGGACUGGUGCUCUGUCUUUGAUAGGGGUGGGGAACCGGGACAAUGUUUUGGUGGGACGGGCCGUGGCGUGUGGCGCAGUGCCGCAGGAUGUGUGGGUGCAAGACACAGAAACAACAAUUUGCGGGCAGUGCUCGGCCCGCAGCGUUGCAGCACGAGCAGUUUGUCCAUGGCUCCAUGCGUGGCUGCGUUCAGGCGGCGCUGAUGCCCUCCCCUGGCUGCGUUUGCGUGUUAAUGCUACGGGGCAUCGGCGAUGCAUGUCGGCUGAAGCCUACGGAAUGCAUGGCGCAUGCGGUGGCGUGGCGGGAGCUGCAUGAGUGCGUGCGACAGCAUCGCGUUCUGCCUUUGGAAGUUUGCUGACCCCGGGUGCGUGCUGAAGCUGAAAUUGAUAGCAGUAUGGGUGAUAGGACGGCUGAUGACUUUUCAAUGUGAUCAGCUGCAGCUUGGCUGGCAUAUAGCAGUGUGGCGGCAGGAGGCGCGCGGAGAUUGAUGAUAUCGAAGGCUGUGCAAGGCCCAGAGGGAGAAGUAUGCGAAUGUUGCAUUUGCAACGCUGACGCUGACGACAUAUGACGUGUGCUCACUCCCUGGGCUAUCUUAAUCCUUGCAGGUUGCGAGUGGUGCUGAGAAGUUACUUCGAACUAGUAUUGUUUCUUCAGGCUAUCGUAGUGCGAUGUCGAAAUGGAAGUGGGCCGGCACCAUGCAUCAGGACACACGGACCGCUGCCAGACCAAGCCAUCGUGCCGCGUGGGCGUAGAGCUGCACAGUUGUAAGGACAUGGAAGGGCACGGCGCCCCAUGUGAGAAUGGCUUCUGGUGGAUGCAGCAAUGAGAGUGUACCCGGCCCAGGGCACGCGCCUCUGAUGCGGCUGUGGCAGGUGCCAGGCGGUUCCGGAGUGCUGCACCCAGUUGAACUUGAACGGUGUCUUCUUGUCUUCUUGGAGACACCGUCAUACCUGGCUGCUAGAACGGCGAGGCUUCGCGGUUCGUGGAGACGGCGGAAUGGAUGCCGCCCGCCGUUGCAACUCAGAAGAAUUUGGAUGGAAAGGGCUUAUAAGCAUCAACAUAAGAAUUCGUUUGUAUGUUGCAGCAGCGAGCAUAUAGGGGCUUACCCUGUAAUCCUAAUUGUCAGCCUCAGGCCAGCAGCAGAGGCCAUGUAUUGGGGUUUUCGGGCAUUCAAUUGUUACCUUCAUCCCUCA